CGAAGCGCAAUUCAACUACAACUCCUCGCCCGACCCGCGCAAAGCCCCGACACAUACCCAAUUGGCUCAAGAUGGCGUCGGGAUAUGGCAUGAACGGCGGCGUCGGCCGCUGCUUUCCCUUCUGGCAAGAGGUUAUGGGAUGCUAUGUUGUCAACACCUCUGCCGCUGACGAUUCCGGCAAGAAGAAAUGCGGUCUCGUUCUCGAGGAUUACUACGAGUGCCUUCACCACAAGAAGGAGCACGCUCGAGCUCUUGCCAUGCAAGCCGCCUACGCUCGCUCCGAGUCCGCUACAGCACGAGACGAUGCGCCCAGUGUGAAGCAAAUAAGGAGUUUGGGACUUAUCGACAAGGAGGAAGACACAAAGAAGGUCUUGGGACGAAGCUAGAUGGUGGAAUAUUCGAUAAAUGUUAUUUGGGCGACCUUAGUAUGCUCACCGGAUUCCUUUGUAUCGAUCGACUGUAUACAAAGG